AUGGGAACUAAGAAGAGAUGGAAUGGGCAGAAAUUUGCUUUCGUCCGAUUCAGAGGAGUUAAUGACAUCUCUGGAUUAGAGAAGAAACUUAAUGGUAUCUCAUACAAUGGGAAGAGGCUGAUGGUGAAUGUGUCCAGGCAACUUAGGAAGCUGACCCCACAGAAGACAAAUGUGCAACGGCAUAAACAGCCAACGUGGGUCGAGCCUAGACUUGGAGUGAGAGAUCACUGUUCCUACGCAGAGGUAAUCAGACCCAAGCCUCCUUCACCGAAAUAUGCACCGGAACCACCAAUCCUCCUUAAACAGGAACCUGUGACGUACUCAUGGCUUAGGAAAACUACACUCAUUGCUGAAGCCAUCUCCCUCUCACACCUGGGUCAUCUCCCCAAACUUCUUCUGGAAAAAGAAGAGCAGGACCUCGAAAUCAAAUACAUUGGAGGUCUGAAGGUUUUAUUAUGCUUUGAUAACUCGGUAGAGGCGAGGAGUUUUCGAGAAAAUAAACAAAGAUGGGCUGAAAACUUAAAGUGGGUUGAACCUGUAGAGAGCCCAGAAUUUUUUUUUUUUGAACGGAUAGCAUGGGUGAGAUUAGUGGGGCUUCCAUUGAAACUUUGGGGAAGUAUGAGUUUUGAAGCAAUCUGCAAGAAGUUUGGGAAGAUAAUCGCUCCUUUCGACGAUGUGUAUCACAGGGUAGACUUGUCCUGCGUGAAAGUCGGCAUCCUUACAACACGGCGAACAAGGAUCAAUGAAGAAGUUGAGGUAGCCACUGAUGACCAGAUAACCAAGGUUGGGGUUGUUGAAUUUGAUGAGGAUUGGUUCCCAUUCCAAUUUGAUUCAUCGAAAAACUUCUAUGAAGGACAAUCCUGUGACGAAGAAGGGGCUAGCUCAGAGGAUGAAGAAGGUAUAUCUGAAACAUGGAUGGAAGUUGGGGAUGAAGAACCAUAA